UAUAUACAAGGUGAAUGGGUUCCAGCGCCUCACUUGACAACCAUGAAGCAAAGCAGCACUUCCCUCAAGCCAACAAGCUUCAUUUUUGUCCUUCUCUUGGGAUGUUCGUUUUCAACCACCAUUGUCCAUCCCUCGCGUGCCCAAGACUUCUUGCAAUAUCUGCAGCUAGAGAGACAGCACCUUAUGGAUUCACUCACCAACCAAGUUCAAAAGCGCUCAUCCAUCAUUGGCCACAUGGUCCCCUUCUUCUACAGGACGAGAGAGCAAGUCAUGAAGGAGUUCAUGGACAACUAUAUGCUGGUGCCAAGGGCUAUCAUCGGCUCCACUGCGAACCUACAUCAUGGUGUCAACUGUUCAGAAUUCAGAGAGGGAAGCAAAGUGUAUGAAAAUCGUUUCCAAGCAAAUUUCAGUAUGAGACCCAUUUGGCUUCAUCGUUCAGAAACCAUCAGUACGUGUCCCACGCAAUACGUUGAGCGCCAGAUCCAGCAAGGGUCGCUCCCAGUACAACCCGUGACUGUCCUCGAGGCCAAGUGUGUCUGUGAGGGCUCACAGUGUGCUGACGACGGCUCCGUAUGUGUGGCUCUGAAAUAUCGUCUUCCUGUGUGGAUCAAGCUGGACUCCAAGGAUUACACUACAGACACUGUGGAACUGACUGUAGCUUGUGCCUGUGCCAAGAACCCAAGCCGUGAAGGUGGCUAUACAAACAUUGGCGAAAAUUACUAAUAUGAAAACCUGUAAGAGUAUGAAUAUUUUAACAACAGUUGAACACACACACACACACACACAC